GUCACAAUGAGGACAUCGCGUUACAUUGAAUUGGUGGCUUUGCUUUUGAUUGGAACACUCUGUCUGGUGCUUAUCUUUAGUAAAAAGGCCAACCCUGCAGAUGAGUCAUCACAUAACAUGGCGAUAAACACAAAGGAAUCAAUGUGUGACCAAAUAACUAAGAAACCAGAUGCCAUCACAUGGCCACCCUGUCAGCGUAAUGAAUCUGCAUCCAACGUGACAGGCUUUUCUUCACUUCCCGGCCACAUCCAAGACUUCCUGUAUUAUCGUCACUGCCGCCACUUCCCCAUGCUGCUUGACGUACCUGAUAAAUGUGGAGGUCCACAGAACUCUGCUGAUGUCUUCCUUCUGCUGGUUAUUAAGAGCUCGCCUUGGAACUAUGACCGCAGGGAGGUUCUACGUAAAACCUGGGCAGAGGAGAGAAUCCAGAAUGGUGUGUGGGUGCGUCGACUCUUCAUCUCAGGAACCACAAGCUCGGGAUUUGAGAAAUCAAAGCUGAACAACUUACUGGAGCUGGAAAACAAAGAACAUCAUGACAUCUUGCAAUGGGACUUCAGUGACACUUUCUUCAAUCUAACAGUGAAGCAGAUUCUGUUUCUCGAGUGGAUGGAGAGGAACUGCCCAAAUGCUCGCUUCCUGCUGAACGGUGAUGAUGACAUCUUCGCCAACACAGAUAACAUGGUGGAAUACACUCAAAGCUUCAAGGACAAUGAUGGAAGCAAGCAUCUGUUUGCAGGUCAUCUCAUCCAUUAUGUUGGACCCAUCAGAGACCGAGGCAGCAAGUACUAUGUGCCAGUUCAGGUACAAGAGUCAGAAACAUACCCCCCCUAUUGUUCAGGAGGGGGAAUUCUCCUGUCAGGCUACACAGCUAUGGUCAUAUACAAAAUGUCUCAGUCAAUAACCAUAUUGCCCAUUGAUGAUGUUUACAUGGGGAUGUGCCUGCAAAAGGCUGGUCUUGGCGUCAAGUCCCACAUCGGUGUUCACUGUGAAGGACUGCACAUCCCUUCUAAAAGGCUUGAUGCCCAUGACCCUUGUAUUUACAAGGAAAUUAUUUUGGUACACAGAUUUGUAGUACAUCAGAUUUACAUCAUGUGGCAUGCAGUACGUGACCCUAUCCUGAAAUGUGUCGGAAAGACUUUGACACUUUAGACGUGUUGAUUUCCCAGGCGUCUAGGAUUGAGG